UCACUUUAUUCCCCGAGUUUACUCGUUGACGUUGUCUAUAUAUAAAUUUAGAUAAGAAUAUUUUUUUUCUCUAUUGUUCUUGAAAAAAAGAUUUUUGUACAUUUGUAGUGUGUGUUAUUUAUAGUUUUAAAAAGUUUCUGGAUUACAUAUCGAUCUAAAAAGUAUUUAUAUUUAAUCGUCUAAAAUAGAUUAUGAAUGCUUCUCUAUUUUUAAAGAAUUUUUCAAGUAAAAUUUGAAUUUUCAAAGUGAUACCAAAAUCGACAGGAGACAUAUAUAUUUAUUUUAUUUAAAAGAGAACAAGUCGUCAGUUUCAAUUAUUACAAAAUGGGACUUGAUUACGACAGCGAUAUACUGGCUGCUGUACCAAAAUAUGCAGUACCCAAGAUACUAGUUGAGACUUUAAAAGGAAAUAAUAUGAUUGAAUCUGCUAAUGUAUGGACGUAUUUAGAAAUGAUAAAAAAUUUAAAAGAUUUUGAUGAUGAUAAUUACCUCGCUACUUUGAGCAAUCUUUUAUAUUUGGAAGAAUGCUUUGAUAACAAAUCUAUAGACGAUGUAAUAAAGAAGCAGAAAGUAAAAUUGUAUAAUUUUUCAUAUAAUGAAUACAGUUCUGCUCGGUAUUUCAAAAUAUUUCUAAAAAAUAUUGAAAGCGAUCUUUGCUUUUUAAGCAGAAGUUCUGUUGUAGAAGUAAAAAAUGUAAAAAUGGUUCCUGAACAAAAAUAUGGUUUCAUUAUAACUGAAGUGUCAUCAAAACUAGGAUAUAUUAUUGUAAGACCUGAAAAGGAUUAUGAAAAAUUCAGUAGACAACAUAAAGUAGAUAAUGAGUAUUCCAUUGAAUUUGAAUAUUCCAAUUGGCCUAUCAGAGUCUGUCAAUAUGCAAUCGAUUUAAUCGCUAAAAAUCUUGAUUCAUUACAACUUUAUAAAAAGAGAAUGUCAAAUAUUCCAAAAACAGUAAUUACGUCAUUCAUUAAUAAAAAUGUGGCGAAAAAUCCCGAGCAAGUGCAAGCGGUACAACAAAUUGUCGGUGGCACAUCAUAUCCAUCGCCAUAUUUACUCUUUGGCCCUCCGGGAACUGGAAAAACUGACACGAUUGUUGAAGCUGUUUGUCAAUUAGUCGAGAGAGGCAACAAUAUUUUAAUCUGUACUCCUUCCAAUGCUGCUGCCGAUGAGGUUACAAGAAGAUUAUUAAAUUGUGGCAUAUCGCCUGAUUUGAUUUAUCGAAUGACGAGUAAAUCCGUCGAAAAAGAUACUAUACCGCAGGAUGUAAAGAUUUGUAUGCAUUUCCAAAAUUUCGGAAAGGAAGAUAUUGAAAUUGAGUUUCUAAAUAGUUCUGAUAUUCGGCGUAAACAAGUAAUUAUAUCAACACUUACCUCAGCUGCAAGAUUUUUGAGAUUGAAAUAUUUCACUGAUUUUUUCAAUUAUAUUUUUAUCGAUGAAGCUGGGCAAGCAACUCAACCGGAAACUUUUAUCCCGUUUGUUAUCUCAAUGAGACAUAGAAGAUGUAAUCUUGUAAUGUCUGGAGAUCCGAAACAAUUGGGACCAGUUGUAAUGACCAAAUAUGGAAGUCAUUUACUAGGAAUUUCAAUGUUGGAACGUUUAAUGGAGAAGAGUUAUCUUUACAAGAAGGAUUAUGAUAAUAAAUACGAUCCGAACUUUUUAACGAAACUCGUCCAGAAUUAUCGAAAUCACGAAAUAAUUCUUCGAUUACCAAACCAAAUGUAUUACGACAGCGAACUGGUUGCAUGUGCUGGGGAUAAAGUGAAAAUUGCCGAAAAUUGGAAUCAUCUACCGAAGAAAGGAUUUCCGAUUAUAUUUCACCCUGCGUAUGGACAUGAAGAAAAUAAUGAGUCUCAUAGCAUUGCAAACUAUGUUGAGGCAGAAAUUGUUAUGAACUAUGUUGAAAAAUUACUUGAUGAAGGUUUGGAAGGUAUGCAAAUUUUUCAAAGGAAUAUUGGUAUUGUCACGCCAUUUCGAUAUCAAAAGAGUAUAAUUAUGGAGAAGCUUAAAGAUAGAAAGUUAUCCAAAAUAUCUGUCGGAACUGUCGAAAGUUUUCAGGGUCAGGAGAGAGAUAUUAUCAUUGUCUCUUUAGUAAGGUCAGAAAUUUUCAAAAACGGAAAGAAACCCCACAUUGGAUUUUUGAAUGACGAUAAGAGAUUUAAUGUAACGAUCACUCGAGCAAAGUGUUUACUAAUCGUUAUUGGCAAUCCAAUGGUGUUACAAAUCGCCGAUUGCUGGAGAAAUUUCAUCAACUAUUGUAAUGGCACCUAUUGCAUAGAUAAAGUCAUCACGAAGAAUCCUAUUCAAUCUUAUAAUAAUCAAAUCAUUAAAAAUAGAUUUAUGACGUAUUGUAAUAACACCUAUUGCAUAGAUAAAGUCAUCACGAAGAAUCCUAUUCAAUCUUAUAAUAAUCAAAUCAUUGAGAAUAGACUUAUGACGACAAGAAUUCAUCAGAAUCAAGAUAAAAUUGACAAUAAUCAUCAAAAUAUGGAAAAUAAAAUUAGACGGACAAGAAAUGAUCAGAAUCAGCAUAAAAGUGACAAUAAUCAAAAUAUGGGUAAAAGAAAUGCAAGGACAAGAAAUUAUCAGAAUCAAGCGAAAAAUGAAAAUAAUCAAAACGUUGAAAAUAGACUUAUGAGGACAAAAAAUUAUCAGAAUCAAGCUAAAAGUAAAAAUAAUCAAAACAUUCCAAAUAGACUUAUGUCGACAAGAAUAAAUGAUCAGAAUCGGGAUAAAAGUGCAAAUAAUCAAAAUAUUGAAAAUAAAAUUAGAAAAGCAAGAAAUGAUCAGAACAAGGAGAAAACUGCACGGAAAAAAUAAGUUCAGCAGAUUUUACGAAACUAAUUUCGCACUAGCGGAUAUUUAAGAUUCCUAGACGAAGUUUUUCAAAAACCCAGAAACUUUCACUACUUUAAGCAGAACAAUUGUC